AUGUCACCCCUCCGCCGGCCAGUGGGGCACAAACUUUCCGUAGGACUACCAGAGUCACAGCAGGACAGCACUCCAACCUCAAUAGACUUCCACGACCAACAGUGGGAACGGCGCACGGGGCUGCUGCAUCACCAGGCCCUUGACCUAGAGCUGUUUGGUAGUGUAGUUAACCUCGGUCGCCGGGACACACAGCAUUUGGUUCGCUCUAUAAAUGCGCGUCUCUCUCUCGGGUGCGCCCCUUUUGGACACGCCCCCCCUGCUGCUUCCCAGUCUGCGUCUGGCCAGGCUGACGAGGGGCUGCCUUACACUCUGCAGCCGCGACUGCGCGCGCACUCUGUCAUAGUGACAGCUCUGCUACGCCGCUGCAGCUCAUUCCUCUUCAUCGAAAGUAACAAGGAGCUGAGGUUCCAUGUGGGUGCACUGGUGACCCCUGGUGGUGGUGUUUGA